AUGUCAAGGGCAAACUUCCCAUCUCAUGUUGAUAUCAAUCUCACGAUACAUAGGGAAGUCGAAGACAUUAAGAUAGGUUUCCCUUUUGAUACAAUGAAUGAUGAAAUUGAUUCAAUUGUUGCAGAACUUGCUCAAACACUCAAUUUAUCAGUAUCAGAAGAAACCAGUGUCAAAGCAUCAAUCAGACAACAAAUUAGUGCCGCGCUUAGUAGAUCAUUGACUGAUAUUAGAUCUUGUUUUUCGGAUCAAAAUUUUGAUGACUCCUCAGAUGCACUCAACGAAUUAGCUCUUCAAGACCCAGAGUACAAGGCUUUGCUAAAGAGGCAUCAGACCGAAUUAGAUGAUUUAGAAAAAAUACAUCUUAAACAACAAAGAGAACUCAUGAACCAGCAAUUCUCUGAUAUUCCUAAUAGAAUUGAUGAAGAUCUUAUUGUGUUUGAUUAA